ACGUGAUGAGCCAAUCACAGUGCGUAUAGCCAUUCCCAUACACUGGGACAUUCUCUGCCUGGACGUCCAUUGAAAUGCAUUACAGAAAGUCAGUUUGUUGGGUUUUAUGAGCUUUUUCUGAGAUUUGAAGUUUAAAAAUGGUCAAACGGUGUGCAUGGGGUACAUGCAACUCUGACACAAGGUAUCCUGAGAGGCUGGGCGACCAGGUGUAUUUUUACACUUUAAACCACAUCUCAAGCGAGAAAAGUGUCUCCUUUGGAUAAAGUUGUGUGGUAACGUUAGACCACAACAUCAACUCAACGUGAAUAAGAUUAACAAUGAUGUCUACAUCUGUUCUAAGGUAAGUCAACAUCGUGUUUGAGGCAACAUAUUGUCACUUUGCUGGAAAGAAAUAUAAAGUUAUCUUUAACAUCUCUAGCUAACGUUAGCUAAAGUUAGCCUAACGUUAGCUCCUAGCUGCGUUGUUCAUCAUGUCACCUUGUUUGCUGGGAGUUCAUUAGCCUAUUUUGUUCUAGUUUUGUACUUUGGUGAUCGUACAUCAUUGUUAGCUGUUGUCCAAAGGGCUCUAGUUAAGCUAACGUUAACUUCUGGAGCUUAGCUUCAUUAACUUAUCUGUAAUGGCAGAGAUAACAAAGGUUGGCAAACGUUAUGCUGAAUGAUUCAGUGUAAAUACUGUAGCACCAAACUAACGGAGAGACACUCUUGGUAAAGAUGGUAAAAAGGCCGUUAUCCUUUUCUCAUAUUCUGAGCCAAAAACCUUAACUUCAGUGGCACUUUAACUUGUUGUCUUUGAUGGUGACGGCAACCAGAUGCGGUUCACAAGCGUACACUGUGACCUGUAAAUGUUGGCUUGUAAUUUAAGCUUUUCAUCGACCUUCUCAACAAUAAAAUGAUGAAUAUAUCCCUCCAAUGCGUAGUUUAGGCCCUUUUGGUUACUUGUCAAUGACAUCUGAUCGUUAUGUCCCCAAAAAUCAUCAGUUGCCUCCUGUGAAAUGCCGUGUACUGUGACACCUGCCAUAGCGCCGGUCACUGAAUGUUGAUAGUUUGUCCGAGUGAGUGGAGGGGGCGUGGCUUAGCCAUAGGUCAAUUAACCUGCAUGUCUUUGGACUGUGGGAGGAAGCUGGAGCACUAGGAGGAAAGCCACGCUGACACGGGGAGAACAUGCAAACCCUGCACAGAAGGGCUCCCCCACCCUGGAGUCCAGACCAGGAACCCUCUUGCUGUGAGGCGAAAAUGCUACUACUGCACCACCGUGCACCGUAUACCAGCCACAAUUCAGACCUGAGCACAGUGACCGUGUUUUUAGCUCCACCUUUUAGUCCCAGAUCUGUGUGCUAGGUACCCCAACAGAGGAGGGACCAAAAAUGGCGAAGGAAUUCCAGAAGACGGAAAGUGAAGUCACACCGUGCAAGGAGGAGUCUCUGCAUGCCCCUUUUCCUGCCAACUAAGGAUGUGUUGGCAACAAGAUAUCGCCCCCGUGUCUCUGUCCUGGGAGAAUGGAUUGCUGCUGCUAGCUCCGCACUGACUGAGCUGUGCUUACUGAAGAGGUUAGCUGGACUUUUUUCAUGUUGCUGGGCCUCCAUCUUAAGUGUGAAGCUAAACUGGAUGUCUAAGGAAACAUGUGGACAGAGAUUUCCUUUCUUUCUUCACAAGACAGGAUAUGAUGAAGUCAAAGAAGCUAUGGCAUUUAAAGGAUGCGUUUAAUUCUCAGUGAUGUCAGUGAGGGCUUUUUACCCCCGGGAGCAGAAGCAGCUAAAUGUGGAGGCAGGGAAGUCUCACAGGGAGGAAGAUGAGGAAAGAGACUGUUUGCAGCAGCUCUCCUGUUGUCCUGCCUGCAACCAGGGGUAUGACAUCAUCCUGUUCCUGCCGUGCUCUCACACCAUGUGCGGUCACUGUGUGGCGGCUGGAGAGGGAGCAAGGUCAGAUCAGUCUAACGUCGGCCCGGUGGUCUGCUCUGUGCUGUGCCCGUGCUGUCGUCAUCCUGUGGAGCUGCCAUGCUGGAUGUGGUCAUCUGCCACUUCCUGUCUCCCAAGACAUCCCACACUGAGUCCUGCAUGUGUCGACAGGGAGACGGGCACCAAGGAGGGAGCAGCUGAAGGCCACACUCAACACGUGCAGGGGGACACACACUGCGGGGAUGCAGUUGACAUGACAACACAGAGCUGUUUACAUGACUCCAGUGCUGCCACUUCCUCAGUAGCACCAGUGGAUGGUGCUGUAGACCUGCGGGAGGAGGAGAUGGAGCAGUCAGUCUUUGGACUAUGUUUUGCUCUGGAUGCUUCAACUGUCCCUCCAUCGCUCCAUCUUUCCAACUCCUCCCUCACCGUCACCUACCAAGGAGAGACCCCUCCUGGCCUGCCUCCAGACAGCAAGGCCAGGAGAUCUUUGACCUCUGACCCCGGGGUCACGCCGGCCCUGCCGCAGGUCUGCGCUGAUGUUGUCAUCACACGAGGACAGUAUUACUGGGAAGUGGAUGUCUGCAACAGCUCAGUCUACAGGAUCGGUGUGAGCUCAUUGGAUGGUUCUGGUGGCUGGUGGCUUGAAAGGCAGGGCUUGUCUUUCUGUGCAGUGUAUGAUGGGAGCCGGGAGCCGCUCUGCACUGUCCCACCUCAGAUCAAAACCCUUGGGGUCUUCCUCAACAUCGGAGGACACGCCCUGAGCUUCCACAACCCUCUGACCCAAGAGCACCUCGUCACGCUUCCAACACGGUUCAACCCUGCUGGAGUUCUCCCGGCUCUGGGCCUGGGCCAGGGUCGACUGAGGCUGCGCUGUGGCCUCCCCCCUCCUCCUCAUGUGUUCCUCAGUAAAGACUCGGCCUACAGGCGACCCUGUGGGGCUGGUGGAGGCCGAUGGCGCAGGGAGAUUCCCUUCCAGUCAGUGAGGAAAGUGAUACAGAAGUUUGAGGAGCUGGCUGUGUCAGACUCAGACUCAGGCCUGGUGUCCAGUUUUGGAUCGUCCUGCUCCACCUUGGCUUCUUUGCCAGAUCUGGGGAAUCCUGGGAUUUUUCCCUGUGGGCAAGCAGGACAGGAAACUGGGGCUGAAUAAGAGACUCUUCAGUGGGAGCAUCAGAAACACGCCCACUGAGUGGUUUGAUCUUUGACUGUCAUUUGAAAGGCUAAUUUUUUUUUAUCUUGAAGGUCUUUUGGUUGCCUCUUUCCACUCUCUGCGUGACCCCAGACCUGCAAUUGACUCUCUCCCCAGGACACAGCCCUUUCUCUCAUCCAAACAACCCCCACUGGUUUGGGAUCAGGCCAGAAGAGUCCUCCGUAAUGUGAAGUGUGAGGAAAGGGUGGGCUUUAAGCAGCGGGACUCCUUGAUUUGUCUCUGUGUGAUGGUUGUCAGACAGUAGGGGUCCUACACUAUUUGUGCACACGUUCCUGAAUGUGUGUAUGCGGGCACAAGCACUACCCCGAGUGUGUGCAUUUGUUCAGUCGCAUUUAUGUGUGUGUGCGAGCAAGAGGGAACAAUGUACGAGCAGCAGGGGGUGAGAUGACGAGGUGUGAGUACAGUGACACCAGUGGUGUUGACACAGAGUGGAGAGGACAGGUGGUAACAUAGGUUUGUCCCGCGGCCUGCCUUCGAUAGGACAGUAAGGCUGCCCUUUGCUGACCCUUUGAAAACCACAGGACUCCCCAAGACUUCAAAAGGCAUGACAGGCAGAAGGAGUACAGAGAGGGAGAAAGAGAAAACAGCAUGCAUGAAUUUAAGACAGCAGGUGAUGACCUGGUUAAAAAGAAAUGGGCAAAGAGAUGGAUUCCCAACAGCUUUCAUGCCAAGAAGCUCUGAAUAGAUCAACAGACUCAGGCCACAACAUCUGAGAGUUUGUUUUAAGGCAGUACUGUGCUGCUACUUUACAUCAGAGGGGAUUAGUAAUGGAGACACAUUAGUUUUCUUGGUGCAUUUAAAGUCCAUUGUGUAGGAUUUAGUGGCAUCUAUCGGCAGAGGUGGUACAUAAUAUUCCAGGCUGUUGUCAUGCAAUGUUUGUACGUUUUCCCACGAAAAGUAAUACACCAAAAUGUGUACGUAUCGGAUGUAAUGAUGAGCCAGUUAUUUGUGCAUAACCCAUGUAUUUUGGAAGUCUGCGAUCAUACAACAAAUGCGCUGACUGAGUGGCCCAGUAAGGAGGCAGAUUGGGGUGGAGGACUGGUCACAAAGCACAGGACUUUUCCCUGGAAGACUGGUGUUCAAAACCAUAUGAACUUUGAUUAAUUUUAAGGUAUAUUAUUACCAUGUUGCUUUUCCUUAACCUAACCAGUAACCUUACUUGCCCAAACCUAACCUCUGUAAAUUUACCUACAUUGCGUAACUUCACAUUGAGGAUAUAGCGUCAUUCGUUGUCAACAGACAAAGAGCACCAGCUCUAGUUAGGGCCAUUCGCAUUUUCACAUUUUAGCCUUGGCCACCAUGGUUCUCCUGCAUGCUUGGCACAUGGGUGAAGUUUCAUUUCUGAAAUCUCACCACUAGAUGUCACUAAAUCCAACACGUUCUGGUCCCAAGUUGUUGCAUAUUGCCACUUUGUCACUGGACUUUCACGUCCAGAUAUUAUGCACUAGGUCAACACAGUCUCAUUUCGAAGUCGUUGAAUACCGCCACUUGGUCCGUGACUUCUGGCAUCAGACCCCCAUGAAAGAAAGCUAUCCUUUCACGUCAGCAUGAUACAAUGCCAGUUGGCAUCAGGGGAAACAUGGCGGGACAACAGCGUAAAUUAAGGGGGCGGAAGUCCAAGUAGGGCCAGCGGGACAAGUGGUGCAUGGGUCCAGCAACCACAGACUUUCACCAGGAAGGCUGGUGUUCACUUGCUGUAAGAUUGUACGGCAAAACACUGUUCUUUUUUCCCCCAAACCUAACGAUGUGCUUAUCUUGAAAAAGACAGUAUGUAAAAGUAUACAUGUCACAGGCUGAAGCUGACACGGCAUUCCAAAACAUCAACGACCGAUCCCAGCUCCUUAUAUUACGUAAUUACUGGCAGUAUUUUAAACUGAUUCCAUCAAAUGGCAUAUCAAACCAUCACAAAAGGUGGCUUUUGGUGUCUGUGUCUGAUACCAAAAUCACGAACAAAGCCACAGUAUUUGAAGUCUUUCAAAUAAGACCAGGCUGCUGAAUCCUACACGCUGGACCUUUAAUUGAUGAAAGUGACACUUUCAGUCGUGAUUAUAUUUGACAGAUGUUACAUACAAAUGUGUAUAAUACCCCUUUUUACUGAGGGUUUUCUCUGCAACUAAAACUUCCUCCUGUGCUUCUUCUUCGUCGUUGGCUUUAAGCUCCACACACCCUGGUUUUUGCAUGUUAGACACACACUUAGUGUGAGUGAUUCUGGCAAAGGAAACAGUGAGAGUAUAAACUUUUCCUCAUUUUCUCCUCCAUUCCCGAGGCUCCAAGCCCUAUUUGAGGAACCACUGGUGGCUAACACUUGGCAUGGUCACUGUUCAUAUUCUCCCUGUGACCACUUAUGAUUGAGUAAUUCAGGCCCCGUUCCCAUCUUCUCCUCUCUUGUCAGUUUUUUUCUUACAGUGACUUUUUGCCUUUUUAGAGGUUGCAAAACCUUAAUUCUCAUUGUAGGAUGAGAAAAGAGCUCACAAUUAAAACAAGCAUCAAUCAGCAUUAGCAGAGCCCAGCAGGGGCCCUUCGGCUCUGAGGAAGAGUAGCAGUGGAGCGGGGCCAACUUUCCAUUGAGCACCAUUCAUUUCAUGCAUGCACCAAAUCAGUGAAGCAGCGGGUCAGACUCAGUAAUAAGCGAUGAGUCAAAGAGAAGCUUGUCAGACUGUCGCCUCUCAGACCACUCAUCAGGAUGACUGUGUGUUGAUGUUUAACGGUCGAGGUAUUUACCGCGCGAGUAAAAAAAUGCGUGUGCCGUGACCGCUUUUGGCGCGGCUUUCCCUGCACAUCUAUCGGCCUUUAGCAAUAAAGUGUGUGGAAGCAAUUUGACUCUUGUAAACAGAAAUGAGAGGGGCGGGAUGCAGAUUUCAAAGAGCAGAGAGCAGAGACAGGGAGAGAAGGAGACAGAGGGGAGAAGGAGAGGGGGAGUUUUCCAGGAAGGAUGGAUAAGACUUGAAACGUACUGCGCCAUGUGUGCGCAUUUGGCUGCGUCUACUGUAUGACUCUGAGGCAGAUAAGCAAAGUUAGCAACUAAUUGCCCUGUAGAUUGCACUGAGGCACAGCAAAUCAAACAAUAGUAGGAGUAAUACAAAAUAAAAGAACACAAUAACAGAUGACAACACAAGAUAAGCACAAUAAAAAUAAUCAAAUGAGCAGCGUGCUGAGAUUAGAUGUCACUGAUUCAGCAGCCUCAGGUCCUCGGGCAGGGAGCUCCAGAUGGAUGGAUGACCUUCUCAAGAUCAUGUUGAGAGAAAAAGGACCUGAUUUUGGAGAUGAUUCUAAAUUGGUAGAAAGAGGCCUGGACGAUGCUUGUAAUCUGUUCUUCAAAGGAGAGGUCACUGUCUUUUGGCUGCAGGUUUGACAUUUGCAGAUCGGAGGCCAAGAUGUUUCUGAACAUGAGCUGUAACUAAGUAGGCUGUAUUUACUCGAGUAUUUUGAGAUAGGCUUAUAGCUGAAUAUUUCUAUUUUAUUUGUUCACAUCUGGCACUGCACUGUGUUUUUUAUUUUCAUGUUGAAUCUGUUUUAUUAUAAUUUUUUUAUUCUAUUCUUUUAUGUGUCUGUUGUUUCUUGUCUUAGUGUCUUCUGAUGUCUUACCUAUAAAGCACUUUGAACUGCCUCGUUGUUGAAGGGUGUCU